AUGAAGACCUUCGUUUGGGAUUUGAAAUGUGAAAAGAGUUUCCAAGAACUUAAGAACAGACAACUAAGAUUUCAUGAGAAGAAUUAUCCUACACAUGACUUAGAGUUGGCCGUCGCUGUGUUUACACUAAAAAUUUGGAGACAUUAUCUAUCUCCUUCCAGAGUUACACUGCAUAGUGUGAAAUUGGGUAUGUUAAAGCUUACUAGUGGUAUUUUGGAAGAAAUUAGAGAGAGUCAAAAGAUUGAUUUGAAAUUGGUUGAUCGACUGACCUUAAGUAAUCAAGGUCAAGGUGGUGAUUUCAAAAUUGAUGAUAGUGGUGUUGUAAGAUUCUGUGACAAAAUUUGUAUUUCGGACGUGUCCACACUCAAGAGGAGUAUUCUUGAAGAAGGACACCAAAGUGGUCUAAGUAUUCAUCUCGAUGCUACUAAAAUGUAUCAAGAUUUGAAGAAAAUAUUUUGGUGGCCUCAGAUGAAAAAGGAAGUUGCUAAAUUCGUGUAUGCUUGUUUGAAUUUCCAAAAGUCAAAGAUUGAACAUCAGAAUUCGUUGGGUUUAAUGGAGUCGUUGCCUAUUCCUGAUUAG